AUGGUCCAAACAACAGACGUGGAUGAGCACAUUGGAGCCAUCAUUGGAGAGGCUUCUCUGUCGGGGGUGCAGUCUGGUAGUCCACCGGACAGUGACCUACCACAGCCAGGAAACAUCUCGUCAGCACCUGGCAGCAUACCCCAGGAUCAUCUCACAAGGUCUGAAGACUACGCCGUACUGCAGGUGGCACCGGCCACAGGCAGCCUGUUCGUGCUGCUUAAGGGCACUGCCGGGGAGCCACGCCGUGGCCACGAGCGAGAACCUCGGCUCCUCAUGUUGCCCCAGACCAUGCAGCAAGCCUUGAACGGCAGCUGUGACGGAGCGGCCUCGGUCUGCAACGCGAGCACGAGCGGGCAGCUGCUCCAGCUGCCCACCUUCUCCACGGCAGCCAAGGUCCGAGUGGUCAUCACCUUUGCCCUCUGCCCCGUCUCGGCUGUGUGCAACCUGGCCGUGCUUUGGGCCGCUGGCACCGGGGGGAGGCGCAAGUCCCACGUCAGGAUCCUCAUAAUGAACCUGACCGUGGCAGACCUGCUGGUGACUUUCAUCGUGAUGCCCGUCGACGCCGUCUGGAACAUCACGGUUCAGUGGAAAGCGGGGGACGUCGCCUGCAGAGCGCUGAUGUUCCUGAAGCUGACGGCCAUGUACUCCUGUGCCUUCGUGACAGUGGUGAUCAGCUUGGACAGGCAGUCGGCAAUCCUGAAUCCUCUGGGUAUCAGUGACGCCAAGAGGAGAAGCAAAAUUCUGCUGUCCGUGGCCUGGACCAUGAGCGUGGUCCUCUCUCUCCCCCAGAUGUUUAUAUUUCACAACGUGACCAUCACGGCUCCUGAGAAUUUCACCCAGUGCACCACCCACGGGAGUUUUGUCGAGCACUGGCAGGAGACCGCCUACAACCUGUUCACCUUCGUGUGUCUCUUCCUGCUCCCCUUGGUCAUAAUGGUCCUCUGCUACACGCGAAUCCUGAUUGAGAUAUCCAGCCGCAUGGCUCGAGGCAACCUGCCGUCCAGAGACGUGCAUCUCCGUCGCUCCCACAACAACAUUCCCAAAGCGCGGAUGAGAACCCUGAAGAUGAGCAUCGCUAUCGUGACUUCGUUCAUCGUCUGCUGGACCCCGUACUACCUGCUGGGCCUGUGGUAUUGGCUGUUUCCCGAGGACAUGGAGGAGACGGUCUCUCACUCGUUGACUCAUAUGCUGUUUGUCUUUGGCCUCUUCAAUGCCUGUUUGGAUCCCAUCACCUACGGCCUGUUCACCAUUAAUUUCCGUCAUGGCCCCAGGAGAGGCUGGCGGAGCACAAACCCACGGGCUGAUUUAGAGACCAACGCCUACCUUGCAGGGUCCUUGAGAUGCUCCUCUUUUCAUAUGGCGCGUCUCUCCCUGCAGAGGCAGGUGGCCUGCAAUAGUCACGACACACACAGUAGAAACCCAGAGGACAACGGCAGCAGAAACCCUUCCGUUGACCAGAGCAUCGAAGGUGACCCGAGGCAAGUUGACUCAGUCAGCACGAUAUAA